UCUUCACCGAGAUCUCAAACCCCAGAACGUUUUGAUUGAUGUUACUGGGAGGGCAAGAUUAGCUGAUUUUGGCAUAAGCAGACGCUUACUCAAAGGCCAAACAACUUUACAUACACGCAGUGCAGGAACCAAAUGCUGGAUGGCCCGAGAGACUUUAGCAGAAGAAUCUGUCAUAUCGUACAAGUCAAGCACUGACAUCCAGGUUGCAGGCAUGCUGGUUUAUUAUAUCCUCUCUGGAGGCCACCAUCCAUUUGGCAAAUCCUUUGAAUGUGAGUUCAACAUUCACAGAGGGAAGUACAGUUUGGAUCACGUUCAAGAUGUGGUGGCAAAGGAUCUCAUCGAGUGGAUGAUCAACAAAGAGCCAAAAUACAGACCCAAAGUAGAAGAAUGCUUAAAACAUCCCUUCUUCUGGACUUCUGAAAAGAAAACUGAAUACUUGAGAAAGAUCGGUAACAGAGAUGAUGUCGCAAACUAUAGAAAGGCUGAACAGGAGCUGAUUGACUCUCUAGAAAAAUGUGCUGUGGACGGAUCCUUUAAGCAGUGGAAAAAUAAGUUUGAACAAGAGCUGGUUCAGAAAUUGGAAGGUAAAAAGCCCUACACUGAGAACACGUUGGGAUUACUGCGCUUUAUACGCAAUCUCCAUGAGCAUUA